AUGAAAAGAACCAGAGAUGACUAUGAACGGAUGAGCUUGGACAUGGCGAAAUGCCUAAUGCUUCUCUCCCACGGGGUCAACGCAGAGCUCAAAAGAGCCGCUGUGCAUCAAACCGAGGACAACUACGAGUGCAAGACGUGCAAUCGCCAGUUCUCUUCAUUCCAGGCGCUUGGCGGCCACCGGGCGAGCCACAAGAAGCCGAAGUUGCUGCAGAACAAGCCGGGAGACUGCACCAAGUUGGCGUUGGGAGGGACAGCGGAGACCAAGAUGCAUGAGUGCUCGGUAUGUGGGUUGAAGUUCGCGUUGGGGCAAGCCUUGGGCGGCCACAUGAGGAAGCACAGGGCCGAGUUAAUGAGUGGGAACAUGAUGAAUAUGGACGAAUUUUUCGGGAUUAAUUCGACGGUCCCGGUGUUGAACAGGUCGAAUAGCAGCAGUAAGAGGGUUAUGGGCCUGGACUUGAACUUGACUCCUCUUGAGAAUGACCUCAAGUUCUUGUUUGGCAAGAUGGCUCCCAAGAUAGAUCACUUGAUCCUGUAA